AUGAAGCUACACCUAUGUGCACUAUUAGCCUUACUAGGCUCAAUUGCAGCUUCCCAGUCCCAAAAACCACUCGAACCCAACCCAUCACCAUAUGUACCCCUCCAUCCAGAGCUUGUAGCCAGGUCAAGGGAGAUACUGGUAAAGUACCCAUUGAUCGACACUCAUAUCGACUUACCAGCGACGAUGCGAACGAUCAACCGUCGACCGAUGGAUGCUAUACCGAGAUUGAACGAAUCUCAUCCUGGUCAUUUCGACUUACCGAGAGCAAAGGCUGGUGGAUUGGGUGGAGCGUUCUUUACUGCAAACGCACCAUGUCCUGGGGCUUAUGGGAGAGAUGUUGGGCCCGAUUUCCUGAAUCCUACCGAAACUGUCCAACAUGUUUUAGAAUCCAUCGAUCUAGUAAAGAAUACCUUGGCGUACUAUCCUACUCUUAUGAAAGGUGCUCGUACGGCUCAGGAUGUGAGGGACGCAUUUUCGGAAGGUAGAUUGGCGGUAUUGAUAGGACUAGAAGGGACACACGGAUUAGCCAACUCCUUGAGCACCUUACGGAUGUACGCCGAGUUGGGUGUAAGAUACGUGACUCUCACCCAUGUCUGUCACAGCUCAUUCGCAAGCUCUAAUGGAGGAGGUGCAGGUACAUCAGGAUCGACCAUCCCACCUGCUCAUCCGGGUAACGGUCUGACACCGUGGGGUAUCGAGCUAGUCCAUGAGCUCAACAGGCUGGGUGUCAUGGUGGAUCUCUCACACACCUCAGAUAAUACCGCCAGGGAUGCUAUCAAAGCUUCCAAGGCACCUGUCGUGUGGACUCAUUCGGGGGCAAGGGCCAUCAACAAUCAUCCUAGGAAUGUCCCUGAUGAUAUUUUGCAGAUGAUUGGGGAUGGGCCUGAUAAAAAUAAUGGGAUCAUCCUCUCGGUGCUCUUCUCAACUUUCAUUGAUCCGAACAACGCCACUACGGCCCGAGUUGUAGAUCACAUCGAACAUAUAGCUAGAAUCGUAGGGAAGAACCAUGUAGGUUUGGGAAGCGAUUUCAACGGUAUCAGCUUGGCUGUGGAGGGUAUGGAAGAUGUUAGCAAAUGGCCCAAUAUGAUACAAGAGUUACUUUCUCGAGGAUGGACAGAACAUGAAAUAGCUGGCAUCAUGGGUGGUAAUCUGUUACGAGUGAUGGAAGAGGUCGAAGUUGUCAAGAAUAAUUUAUCGAAUCUACCUCCUUCUCCUGAGAUUUACUACAAGAGAACCGAUCUCCCUGCUCACGAAUGGGGAGGUCCCAAUAUGGCUUAUCUCGCACCUGAUGUGCAGAAGAUUGUAGUUCAGCAGAAGAGACUGAGGGAUGAGCUGUAG